AGGAGUUCAUCAUUGGGGCCCAGAGGUUUGGUCAGGUGACUCCGAUGGAGGUGGACAUCCUGUUCCAACUGGCUGACUUGUCUGAGUCCCGGGGGUGAGUCACACACACACACACCCACAUACACACACACACACACACACACACACACACACACACACACACACACGACAAGGAUAGGCCUCAAAUAGAUAGCCCUAUUCCAUUUAAAUAGCUUGAUUACAGUUGCGUUCAAGAUAGAUAAUUAUGCAAAACAGAUCAUACAUGAUAAGCCCUCUCAACCUCAGUUUUAAUUCAUUGAAUUCCAGCAAUAUUGAAUGAAGCUCCAUAUUAGGGGAAACAUUUUCCCACAGUCAUUGAUAUAGCAUAGUGUAGUCCAUUCCUCUCAUUGUAUUUCCACAUUAGCAUGUAUUAUUGUAGUUAAUACUAGUUUUCAGUUUAUUGGAUCUCAAUAGCCUGUCCAUUAAUCCAUGUGGUUGUCAUUGGAUCACUGGAGCUCGCCAUACCUCUGGGACCCGGUCGUUCCUCUUCCAGAAUAUCUGCUUUCACUGCAGCGUGAUCAAAAGAGCCAGACGUGACUCUUUUGAAUCCCCUUUCACUCAACUAAGCCUUCAAAGCUCAGCACACACACACACACACACACACACACACACACACAUUGGAAGGGGAGUCCACACGGCACCCCAGCGGUUCUUCUAACUGUACACGGCUCACGUUCCCAUGCCUCUUGCUCCAUAGGUUUGCCCGGCAGCAUAGAGUACCGGUCAUUUCUGCCCUCUCUGAGCACCUGAUUAUUAUUUCUGGGCAACGGGAUACUUUAAUAGUCUCCACAGCCUCUGAUUAGAGAUGCAGGAGAUAAUUGUUCCUAAUAAUCGGAGGGGAUUGAGCUGCUCCCAAAUCUGGGAACGUCACAGAGAUGUUAUGUGGACGCCAGGCGCACGCACAGAGUUGGAGAGGCCCCUGGAAUCACGGACAAAUGUUGUUGUUUUGUUUGGAUGCAGCGCGGAUAAGAGAGAAUGAGGGAGAGGGAGGUAGUUGGUCAUUGAUAUUGUUGAAUAUCAGAUAUCGUUGAAAAUUGUAUCAGGGUCAGAAGGAAAAAGUCAGAAGCAUUUAAAUGGUAUAACCGUUUGAAAGUGUUUCUUGAAAUGUCAGUUUAAAGCAAUUAAACUUUUCCCUCUCUCCUCUCCUCCUCUAUUCCAGCCGUGUUGGUCUUGUGGACAUUGACAGGAUUGCUCCACUAGAGGAAGGGGCCCUCCCAUACAACCUGGUGGAGGUCCAGAGACAGGUAAAAAAGAAUGAAAGAAAGAAAGAAAGAAAGAAAGAAGAAAGAAAGAAAGAAAGAAAGAAAGAAAGAAAGAAAGAAAGAAAGAAAGAAAGAAGGAGAGAAAAUAAGAGAUAUUGGCUGGGAUUCAAUUCAACGUAUAGUGCAGUGGACUAUAACACACUUUUAAAGGUAAUUUACAGUUGAGCCGAAAUGCGCAGCGUUUGCCAUGAAUGCGAUCUGCGCAAAUGUUGCGAAAAAUGCCUUUAAAAGGUGCAUUGUCGGCUGUUUAGUGACCUGCACCAUAGAGCGCCUUGGAUUGAAUCCCGGUCAUGGUUAUUUUCUAACUGUAGUCUAGAAACAUCUCCAUGUCCUGGUAAUGGUCAGAGCCUUUAAGUUCACUGAUGAUGUUGGGUCUUUCUAUGAUUGCUUUACUGAAUAUAUAUGAGCAAUACACUAGGACAGACUUAUCCAACAUGAAACAUGAGAAACUGAAGAAAAUAUAUAAUCUUUCUAAAUCCCCAAAUACCAGUCUGAUUUCCGGUCAGAUUCUCAAAUGACAGCCAUUGAAUAAACUGCCAAGGAGAACACAACUUCUAAAAGUGUGUCUUUGAUUGGAUCUCUCCAAAGAAAGAAAUACAAUCAGACAUCAGAAACCUCUCUGUGACAUGUACAGUUUACUGUAUCUUUGUCAAUACAUUUUUAAAAACCUGUUAAUUUAAGACUAACUCCAGCCGUUUAGUUACAGUGCCUUCAGAAAGUAUUCACACCCCUUGACUUUUUCCACAUUUUGCUGUGUUACAAAUUGGGAUUAAAAUUCACUUUGUUUUUGCUUUUUUUUUUAUCUACACAAAAUACUCUGUAAUGUCAAAGUGAAAGAAAAAUGCAAAAAUAAAACACUAAUAUAUCUUGAUUAGAUAAGUAUUCAAUACAUGUUAGAAUCACCUUUGGCAGCGAUUACAGCUGUGAGUCUUUCUGGGUAAGUCUUUAAGGCCCCAGUUCCGACCUGAGUUAAGCAUAAAUGGAAGGUUAUUCCCUUUCUAUGCUCUGUUCUCUCUAUGCGUAUUCUGACCUUGAACUUAAGCAUGAGAAUAGCAUGCUAUUCACCCUCUAUUUGUUCAGGGUGGAGAUUUCAGAAAUGAAGGAUUGGCGGAGGUGUGUCUACAAAUAAGCCAUAUUCUGACCUUGACUUGAUUCCACCACCUUUACGCAAGAGGAAACCAUGAAUAAGGUCAAGCAAACCUGCCGGUUCCAAAUGGAAAAAGCAUCUACUUUCUUUUUUCAGAUAGAAAUAACAGCAUUCUCCAUGCACUGUCAUUUAGAAAUGGAUAAGAGCUAUUGACAAGUGCUAGGUAAACUAUUAAUCUGUUUGGAGAAGGGGAUUGGAAAUACACAUAGCAAUUGUUUUAGAUGAUUUUUCCUUAUGAUCCCUGGAGAAGAAUGCGAAACCAGCCAUAUGGAAGCAAACUGAAAAUCAUAUCAACAUGACAUGUACACUUUUCCACAGUGAAAUAGGAUAAAAAUAGCUGUGCCGUUAUUCAGAAUUUUAAUUGUGUACCCUCAUAAUUUGCGUGGAUGAAAUUAGGACACCCAAGCCAAAGGCUUCUAUAGGGCCGAACCUACGUUGAUGUAUGCGCUUUAGAAUGUUUUAAUUAUAGCCUAUGCCAUGGCUUUUCUCCGUUUUAUUUAACAAUUUGUAUCAUGUUAAAUUAUAGCCACUAUCUGAAGCCACCGUUAGUAACACCCACAUACAUUUAUAACUGUCACUUUCGUGUUCGUUUUCUUCAAUUUGUAGCUUACAUUUUGCAUCAUUCCAUUCCGCUAACGUUUCUUUCCUCUGUCACAUUCAUUUAAGUUGUUCCUAAGGGUUGCUGGCAUUUGUGGAUCACAUUAGGCUAACAUUGUGCAAUAAUUUGGUAUAUGUAGCCUAGUUGAAUUAUUAUGGAACUCAGAUGACACGUAGCAGGUUAAAUCUGGAGCUUGGUGCACGGUUCACGAUGACUGGACCGCUGUCAUACAGUUCCAUGAUUAGUGAGAAUUAGGGUAGAUUUACAGGACUACUGUUCAACCCUUAUUGUACUCCUUUUUCCACCUUCCAAUAUUUCAUGGAUUGAACUUGAAUAUGACAACUUUCAGGAUAAAUGAAACCACUGUAUUUUUUAUUCAUCAAUAUAUUCUGUACGUAAAGGCUCUCCAAAGCUGUUUUUUUAAAUCAUUCAUACAUACUUUCCUAACCCUAAAAUGUGCCAAAAUAAUCUACAAGAUCAGAGUAUUUUAAAAUCUGCCAGUUGGUGCGGAAACUGAGAUGGAGAUGCAUAGAUGACAUUCUUUCAUUAAUCCCUAUUUUCUGAACCCGUUCUCUCUAUGUAUUCUAUUGAGUCUGUCGACAAAAUUAUAAUUAAAGGUACACCGUAUUUAAAGGGAUGGCUUAAGAUAAAGGUACUGAAAACCCUAUUGAAUGAAAACUCCACGAGAAAAUCUGUUGGCCAUCAAGUUGGUAGGUUUUCAGCGGUUGAAUUACAUUUAUUCAGCGCACGCAAGGUAACCUCGCCUGCAAAGCCUGUUACGCACCUGCAUAAGGUAAGACUGAUACCAACUACUAAGAAGUGAGUAGGAAAGGCGUGCAUAAGAAAGGUGUAAUAUCCUAAGUUGGAAUCAGGCCCUGGAAGCUUUGCACACCUGGAUUGUACAAUAUUUGGCCAUAUAUUUUUUUACUCUUCAAGCUCUGUCAAGCUCCGUGGCCUCCUGUAGCUCAGUUGGUAGAGCAUGGCGCUUGCAACGCCAGGGUUGUGGGUUCGAUUCCCACGGGGAGCCAGUAUGAAAAAUGUAUGCACUCACUAAAAACUGUAAGUCGCUCUGGAUAAGAGCGUCUGCUAAAUGACUAAAAUGUAAAAUGUAAAAGUUGGUUGUUGAUCAUUGCUAGACAGCCAUUUUCAAGUCUUGCCUAGAUUUUCAAGACAAUUUAAGUCAAAACUGUAACUAGGCCACUCAGGAACAUUCAAUGUAUACAAAACAUUAAGAACACCUUGUCACGGGCUGAGGUGUAUGGUGUGUGGAAGUCAGGCGCAGGACACCGAAGCUAGUCCAACAAAGUUUACUGAAGUAAUCCAAUAGGCAAAAUACAGAGAACGGCCUCAACAAUAAACAGAGGCGAGAAAAUACGCAUACUGUGCGUAAAACAAAAUGACACGAAAACAGGAACAAAACACGCAGCACAACGGACAGGCGAAAAACAACACACAAUCUAGCCUAAGCAAAACAAGGAACUUAUAGGACAAGUAAUCAACACACAAAUGGACACAGGUGUAAAAGACAGACGAAAGCAAUCACACCAAGAAACAUAGAGCGGUGGCAGCUAGUACUCCGGGGACGGCGAACGCCGAAGCCUGCCCGAACCAGGAGGAGGAGCAGCCUCGGCAGAAUCCGUGACACACCUGCUCUUUCCAUGACAUAGACUGAUCAGGUGAAUCCAGGUGAAAGCUAUGAUCCCUUAUUGAUGUCACUUGUUACAUCCACUUCAAUCAGUGUAUAUGAAGGGGAGGAGACAAGUUAAAGAAGGAUUUUUAAGCCUUGAGACAUGGAUUGUGUAUUUGUGCCAUUCAUAAGUUUUGUUAGACAUCAGAGCGGCUUUUGACAUUAUCGAUCAUAGUCUGCUGCUGGAAAAACGUAUUAUGGCAUUACACCCCCUGCUAUAUUGUGGAUAAAGAGUUACCUGUCUAACAGAACACAGAGGGUGUUCUUUAAUGGAAGCCUCUCCAACAUAAUCCAGGUAGAAUCGGGAUUCCCCAGGCCAGCUGUCUAGGCCCCUUACUUUUUAAAAUCUUUACUAACGACAUGCCACUGGCUUUGAGUAAAGCCAGUGUGUCUAUGUAUGCGGGUGACUCAACACUAUACACGUCAGCUACUACAGCGACUGAAAUAACUGCAACAGUUAACAAAGAGCUGCAGUUAGUUUCAGAAUGGGUGGCAAGGAAUAAGUUAGUCCUAAAUAUUUCAAACUAAAAGCAUUGUAUUUGGGACAAAUCAUUCACUAAACCCUAAACCUCAACUAAGUUUUGUAAUGAAUAAUGUGGAAAUUGAGCAAGUUGAGGUGACUAAACUGCUUGAAGUAACCCUGGAUUGUAAACUGUCAUGGUCAAAACAUAUUGAUACAACAGUAGCUAAGGGGAGAAGUCUGUCCAUAAUAAAAACUGCUCUGCAUUCUUAACAGCACUAUCAACAAGGCAUGUCCUACAGGCCCUAGUUUUGUCGCACCUGGACUACUGUUCAGUCAUGUGGUCAGGUGCCACAAAGAGGGACUUAAGAAAAUUGCAAUUGGCUCAGAACAGGGCAGCACGACUGGCCCUUGGAUGUACACAGAGAGCUAACAUUAAUAAUAUGCAUGUCAAUCUCUCCUGGCUCAAAGUGGAGGAGAGAUUGACUUCAUCACUAUUUGUAUUUGUGAGAGGUAUUGACAUGUUGAAUGCACCGAGCUGUCUGUUUGAACUAUUGGCACACAGCUUGGACACCCAUGCAUGCCACCAGAGGUCUCUUCACAGUCCCCAAGUCCAGAACAGACUAUGGGAGGUGCACGGAACUACAUAGAGCCAUGACUACAUGGAACUCAAUUCCACAUCAAGUAACUCAUGCAAGCAAUAAAAUUAGAUUGAAAAAAAACCCCAGAUAAAAAUACACCUUAUGGAACAGCGGGGACUGUGAACAGACACAAACACAUGCACAGACACACAAAUACACGAUAAUACACAUGGAUUUUGUGUUGUAGAUAUGUGGUAGUAGAGUAGGGGCCUGAGGGCACACACUUAAUGUGUUGUGAAAUCUGUUGUGAAUGUAUUGUAAUGUUUUAGCUGGGCCCCAGGAAGAGUAGCUGCUACCUUGGCAGCAGCUAAUGGGGAUCCAUAAUAAAUACAAAUACAAAUGGGCAAGACAGAACAUUUAAGUGCCUUUGAACGGGGUAUGGUAGGAGGUGCCAGGCGCACCGGUUUGAGUGUAUCAAGAACUGCAACGCUGCUGGGUCUUUCACGCUCAACAGUUUCCCGUGUCUAUCAAGAAUGGUCCACCACCCAAAGGACAUCCAGCCAACUUGACACAACUGUGGAAAGCUUUGCAGUCAACAUGGGCCAGCAUCCCUGUGGAACGGCUUUCGACACCUUGUAGAGUCCAUGCCCUGGCGAAUUGAGGCUGUUCUGAGGGCAAAAGGGGGGGGGGGGGGGUGCAAAUCAAUAUUAGGAAGGUGUUCCUAAUGUUUGGUAUACUCAGUGUAUAUUUGGGCUUGAGUUUUAGGUUAUUGUCCUGCUGAAAGGUGAAUUUGUCUCCCAGAGUCUGUUGGAAAGCAGACUGAACCAGGUUUUCCUCUAGGAUUUUGCCUGUGCUUAGUUCUAUUCCGUUUAUUUUUAUCCCCCCCAAAACUCCCUAGUCCUUGAUGAUAACAUGAUGCAGCCACCAACCAUGCUUGCAAAUAUGAAGAGUGGUACUCAGUGAUGUGUUGUAUUGGAUUUGCCCCAAACAUAAUGCUUUGUUUUCAGGACAAAAAGUUAAUUUCUUUGCCAAAUUUUUUGCAGUAUUACUUUAGUGCCUUAUUGCAGACAGGAUGCAUGUUUUGGAAUAUUUGUAUUCUGUCAAGACUUUUCACUCUGUCAUUUAGAUUAGUAUUGUGGAGUAACUACAAUGUUGUUGAUCCAUCAUCAGUUUUCUCCUAUCAAAGCCAAUAAACUGUAACUAUCAUGGUGAAAUCCCUGAGCAGUUUCCUUCCUCCCCAGCAACUGAGUUCAGAAGGACACCUUUAACUUUGUAUUGACUAGGUGUAUUGAUACACCAUCCAAAGCAUAAUUAAUAACUUUAUUUUUACCCAUCUACCAAUAGGUGCCCUUCUUUGCGAGGCCUAUUGAGGCUUGCCAUAGCAAAGGGGUUGAAUACUUAUUGACUCAAGACAUUUCAGCUUUUAAUUGUUUAUUAAUUUGUAAAAAAACAAACAAAAAAAAACAUCCACUUUGACAUUGUGAGGUACUGUGUGUAGAUCAGUGGCACAAAACGUAUAUUUAAUCCAUUUUAAAUUCAGGCUGUAACACAACAAAAUGUGGUAAAAGUCAAGGGGUGUGAAUACUUUCUGAAUGCACUGUAUCUCAAAUAUACUGAGGGGGGAAAUGAAAAAUGACUAAGUGAAGGGGGUUUGAAACAAAACAGCCGAGGAAGAAACAAAAGGUAAAGAAAAAAGAGGUUGGAUGGAUGGAUGUUUCUUUUUUUACUCCUGUUCGAAGCUCUGCCUGGUCUGCAGAGUGAGAGUGCGGCGUUGUGGGGUGAUUUCCUCCUCCUCCCCUGACUGCAGCCAGGCUAGGCUCCAGGCCGGACCGGAGCAGGGGCCCCGGUUAGAGACGCCAGUCCCACCACAAUGAGCCGUUUUGGGCUGUGGUCUAGCCUCCGCGGGCUGCUGGCCAGCUCUCCCUCUGAACCUCCAACCUCCACCCCUCCUCUCUGCCCUUCUCCACCCCCAACGUCACUGGCUGUGACUCAGAGAAACAUGGAGGGAGGAGGGAAAGGAAGGGGGGGGGGGGUGUUCUGGGGGCAUUAGGGACUGACAGAGUGGGGUUAGGGGCUCAGAUAGUUCCUGACAGUAGGACCUGUUCCAGAGAGGGGCCCACCUCGCUACCUUCUUUACCCAGGGAUGAGGGCUGGGCAGGCCUGGCCAGGCGACAGGUACCCCCGGCUGGGAAUGUGGAGCAGAAUGCUUGGAUGAUCUGUCUGGCUAUCACUGUCUAACAGCAAUAGUAACACUCAGCUGGUUUUGUGCUCUGAUGUGUGCCAAUGGCAUGGGCAGGGGCUGAGGUGGCAUCCAAUCGAAGUAAGGCUUCUGAUUCUGGAUUUGUUCCACUAACUUCCUACCCAAUGCUUCUGUGCCUGAUUGGAGUUUCUCAAACUAAUCUCUGUAAUUCAAGAGAGUUUUAACAUUCAAACGGAUGGGAAUCGAUGCCAGAGGGCAAUUAAUAUAAUCACUGUAUGCCGUCAUAAAUGUGAAUAUAUAGCCUAUAGAGAUCAUAAAAAUGGAAUGAAAUAUCUUGUGGCGUUACAUGAGAUGACUAAGUACAGCAUGUGAUGUUGUCUAAUCAUGUCAUGACUCAUGAGACAGAAUAGACAACAGUGUUUUAUUCAGCAUCGUGAUUCCCUGAGGUGAACUUCACACUUCAAAUCUUUAAGCUUUUCUAAAGGACAGAUGAAAUAUAGACAUGAAACUGAUUCUGAUGACGCCUGUAAACUGUCUGAUCUGAAUUGAUGUAGGACUGAAUAUAAAUUAGCUUUGUAAUGGGAACUGCUCUUGUUACUCUGGGAAUCAGGAUGGGACUAAAGGCGUCCACAUGCUUCCCAGCCGGAAGAGUUUGUACAUAUAUUAUGAUGACAUUUUGUUAGUUUUUGUUAGUUUUGGACUUCGGUGAGGGUUUUUUCGGCUGUUUGGGCACACACAUUUUUUUCUGGAGGUAAGCCGAAGUUCUUUGGUGAUUGGUCAACAGUGGGGAUUCCUCAAUAAAGUCUUUGUUGUCAUUCAAUGAGAGACGACUCGUUUUAAUGCAAUUUAUUUUAUUGAGAAAUACUGCGGCAAACAUCUUACAUAAAUAUAAAAUUGUGCAACUAAGAUCUCCUCUGUAAAAACGUCAAAAUGAAUGACAGAUUUCUUGAGUUAUCUUAAUUCUGACUAUUUUGAGGAAGUGUAUACUCGCUACGGUGUCUCAAAAUGGACAAACAGUACUAUUGCUGCUUUUUUCUCAUUUUUCAAGCGAAGGUCUUUUAAGGGAGUAUGCGAGCACAAUCGUUCGGCUAGGCGCCUGCCUUAAGGGCUCAACUACAAGGUCUGGCUUGUCUGAUAUCUCUUUCUCUCUUUUUUCUCUCUCUCUCUUUUCUCUCUCUCUCGUGAGCUCUCCGCACUAUCGCUUAGCUCUUUCUCUCUCUCAUCUCUCUUUUCUUGUCUCGCGAGCUGAUCUCCUCGAUCUUGACUUUAUGCCUUUCUAUAUCUUCUCUCCUCUCAUCUUUCUCUCUAUCUCUUUCUCUCUCUCUCUCUCUCUCUCUCUCUCUCUCUCUCUUCUCUCUCUCUCUCUCUCUCUCUCUCUCUCUCUCUCUCUCUCUCUCUCUCUCUCCCCAUUUCUCCCCCUCUCUCUGUUAUGUCUCUCUCUUUCAGCUGUCCGGUGGGGACCCAUCCCGCUCUGUUCUCAUCCAGGUAGCAGAGUCCGCCUACAGGUUUGGCCUGGGCUCCAUCGCUGGCGGUAAGUCAAGGCUACGUCUCAAAUGGCACCCUAUUCCCUAUGUAGUGGAUAACUUGUCAAAAGUAAUGCACUACAUAGGGAAAAAGGUGCCAUUUGGGACAAGUCCCAUGUCAAGUCACGAAUCAUUGUGUCACCACCACCCCCUCACCCCUCACCUGCCCCCUGGUCUCUACCCCCCCUCCAUCACCCUCAUAAGAAAAGGAGAAACAAAGGGCUUCCUAUUGCGUUCUGCAGGGGCGAUUCCUCCACCACUUAAAUAGGACAGGGGCUCUAUGCACCAUGGGAACCUCCCUGUGUUUGGACUCUUUUGUACCUGUAAAUGAUCAGAGAGAAGGGGCUUUUUGGGGGAGGGGUUCGGUGGAGGGGUGGGGGCAGUGUGGGGUCGAGCGGUCGGGCGGUGGAUGUGGUGCCUGGGCCUGUGUUUAGCUCCAGCCUACUCCCCUCCCUCCACAUCAAAUUUCUAGCCAACAUUUUGAAUUGAAUAACAUUGCUUGUGAACUUCAGAGCUGUAACGAUUUGACACUUUGGCUUUGAUUAAAGGCAAGUACAAACAGAUAGUAGUCAUGGCUCCUGCUGGAGAGUCCACAUCCUGGGUGAUGGGAAACAACGUUAUCAUCUCACUGGCUUCUUCACUGGCCAACUCUCAUUGGCUAUUGCUGAUCACCGUUCUCAAAACUACUCACACUACAAGAGCAUUGCAGAUUUUGUGCCAAUAAAAUCAAACAAAAAUAUUAGGACGUCUGGGACUGCUCAAAGACAGGAUCGGUAGCCCUCAGAUUGCCGUGCGCCCUGAGCAACGACGUGGGGAUUUUGUCUCAGAUUUCAGAAACGUGUCUGUGACAGCCAAUUCGGGGCCAAAAUUGUGUAGUGUACACCUGGCUUUAAUAACGACCUAAAAACGUAUUUCUAAAGUCUUCUCUCCCCUCCCUACUACCUUCAUAAUGUUUAUGUAACGUGUUUUUCCAGCUGUGGGAGCCACAGCAGUGUACCCCA